AUGAGUGCCCGCCUGGCGUUGGCGUCCAUCGCGCUUGGAACGUCAGGGCUGAGCACAGCUCUUGUGUCGUGGUGCGCAAAGCCAUAUGUGACGACUCUGCGCCGCUUCCGUCCAGACGGCAGUGGUACUGCGGAAGAGUUGGAAAUGACGACACUUUCGCUUACUCUUCAACCCCGGAUAACUAAGGUGUAUGACCCGUCUUUCUUGAUCGAAACUCGAAGACCGUUAGCAAAAUGGGAACUGGCCGAGAAGAUUGCUCUCACCCCCAUCCGCACUCACGCUGUUGGAACAAAUCUACAUCCCGCGGACGGACAAGAAGAGACCGUGGCAGAGACUGCUGAUGCAAACGGAAAUGUCAUGGGCCGCUGGAUCGUGAAAUGGGGCGAAAAUGGAGUAGGCACUUGCCACCAAGUGGGUCAUGUCAUUCGUUAUUUUAAUGUUCAUGAGGAACUCUUGCAAUAA